UCGCCCUCCCGCAGCUCGACAUCCACCUCAAGACGCAGUGUUUUCCAAUCAUUCCCAUCGUCAUCGCCGCCCUCUUUCAUUAAAACAGAGACCAGUCCCCCCCCACCCCCCCUCCCGCGUGUUCGCGGUUUCUUGUGCCUGCACUGGCGGCUCGUUUUGGACGAUGGCCGAGAGCGAGGCAGACACGCCGAGUACGCCGAUCGAGUUUGAGAGCAAAUACUUCGAGUUUGAUGGAGUGCGGCUGCCGCCCUUCUGCAGGGGGAAGAUGGAGGAGAUCGCCAGUUUCUCCCUCAGAAGUAGCGACAUAUGGAUUGUCACGUACCCGAAGUCAGGCACCAGUCUGCUGCAGGAGGUUGUGUAUUUAGUGAGCCAGGGAGCAGAUCCAGAUGAGAUCGGCCUUAUGAACAUUGAUGAACAGCUGCCUGUUUUAGAAUACCCACAACCUGGCCUGGAUAUUAUACAGGAGCUGACUUCUCCUCGUCUGAUCAAAAGCCACCUUCCCUACCGAUUCCUGCCCACAGCCAUGCACAAUGGAGAGGCCAAGGUGAUCUACAUGGCUCGUAACCCUAAGGACCUGGUGGUGUCCUACUACCAGUUCCACUGCUCUCUCAGGACCAUGCGCUACCGUGGAAGCUUCCAGGAGUUCUGUCGUCGCUUCAUGAAUGACAAGCUGGGGUAUGGUUCAUGGUUUGAACAUGUUCAGGAGUUUUGGGAGCAUCGUAUGGACUCCAAUGUCCUCUUCUUGAAAUAUGAAGACAUGUACAAGGAUAUGGGGACGUUGGUGGAGCAGUUAGCUCGAUUCCUGGGUGUUUCCUGCGACAAGUCUCAGUUGGAGGUAAUGGUGGAGAACUGUAACCAGCUCAUUGAGCAGUGCUGCAAAUCUGAGGCACUGUCCGUCUACAGAGGUCGUGUGGGUGUGUGGAAGGAUGUCUUCACAGUCUCCAUGAAUGAAAAGUUUGACACGAUGUACAGACAGAAGAUGGACAAAUCUGACCUGACCUUUGACUUCUGUCUGUGAAGAGCUCCUGACUCCGCCCCUCACCUAUUUCCCGCCUCCUGUACUCUCCUCCUCCAGUACUUUUGACAGUGUCACACCUCCUGCUAUGCUCCUACACGUCUCCGUCAGUCUGUCCAUGUGUCGUUUGGAUUACAAUGCAAGAUUUCCCUCAAAGUGCAAUCUGUUCAUAAGUCACCACAAAUCACAGCUUGGAGAAGUGACCAAAAUGGAUGCGGAAUAAUCAGGAACUGGAUUAAAAAUUCUCAAUCCAUAGUCAAACCAAACCUCUUAUAGUCCUUAUACAUGUAUGUUUCCACUGCUAUGGAUGUGUAUCUAUAUACAGUAUAUUUGGUAUAUUGUAUGUUGUCACCAGGGUUUGACUGAUAAAAAGGUUAAAAAGGCUGAUCCCACAACAUAUCUAUAUCAUAAAUAUUAGGGAUGAGCCAUUGCGAUACCCAGUAUUGGUAUUGGUCCAAGAAAAAUGUUAAAUCCAUCAAAACAUUCGAUAUAUUGCAUGCUUCUCGAUGCACAGACUAUAAAAAUCUAUAUACAAAUCAGCAAUAGCAUUUUAGCUGAGUCAUGUUUUGGGCUAUUUAUUUCUUCUUCAUGGGAGAAGAAUAUUUGUAACACAGAUGGUGAAUUAUGUCUUUGAAACAGCUUGAAAUGCAUCAGCACAAAAUGACUGCAUCAGACUUAUAUCGGUGUUGCUAGAUAUUCAAGUUUUACUGGUAUCCGAUAUCGUGCCAUCCCUAAUUAAUAUGGAAUUAUUGACUAGAAAAAAAUUCAUACAUCACAUCACAUAAUUUCUAUUGAAUAAAACUGAUUAAAAAAGUAUUUUAGAAGGUAUUUUCUGAUGAAAGUGAUAAAACAGAUGAACAAACUCCCCUCCCCCCUGAAAUAACCUUAAUCUCAAUUAUGAAACUUAAUCUCCUGUUCACAUUUCUGUCUUUGGAAAUAUUUGCAUAGGAGGUCAUGGAGAUAGUUCUACAGACAACAUAUAUUAGUCUUUAUUAACAGCUGAUAUCAGUCAAACUCUGGCACUGAGUGUGUCAGUGGUUGUUUUGUUGCAGCAGUGUUUUCUAAACCAGGUAGACCCACAGAAGAGAAGUGAAGAGAUGAAGCUUAUCACGCCUAAACCAACCCAGCAGCACAGAGUCUCAGCUGCAUGAGUGAAGUGUUAUUUUUAUUUAUUUGUAUUAAUUUAUUUAUUAUAUUCCUUGUAUUUAUUUGCUUGUAGAGCUGCUGGAUUUACAGCCACCACUGAAUAUGUAUAAUGUAAGGUUUCAUUUUCAAGGACUUUUCAAUCCCUAGAAUAAUAAUAAAAAAAAGCAUCUCUGUCUCCCCCAAGUGGUGCAAUUUAAAAACACAGAGCACAUCAGCAGACAGACGUGUGUCAGACAACAGCAUUUAGAAAUGUUCCUCAUCUGAGCACAAUAAUAGCAAAUAUUGGGCAUACACUGUAUAUUUAUUUACUCAUUUAUUCAUACUUUAACAAUUUUUUUUUAAGGCCAAGAGAGCUCCAGACGUCACAUGACCUGGUUUCUAAGUGCUAUGUUGGCAUCGUGAGAGGCAUCGGGUUCACCGCACACUUUAUAUCCACGGAGAUUGACCGACUGAAUACUGUAUAUCUGAUCCUUGAAAUGGAAAGAUCGACACCUUGCUAAUCUCGAUUCAGUGUUUGUAAUUGCUCCUUUGUUUCUUCUUUGGUAAAAUAAUUAGCAAUACUGGAGCUACUAUGGCGCAAUAUUUCAUAAUUGUAUAUUAACAAACAAAAUCUAUCGACCAUGUUCACUUUUAUGACGAAACCAGCCAGAGCCAAAGACAUGAGUUGUCUGCCUGAUCUACUUGUAUGUGUUGACCAGUAUAUACAUGUAUAUAACCAGGUGAAUGGCCUUGUUUUGAGAGAUUGACCCUCUCAUUUAUCAGGGCUUGGGACUGGCACAGUACACUAGAUAGUACACUAGAUACCCGGGGGAUGGGGUUCAUUUAUUUCAGGUCUCAAUCUUGCAGGCCGUCCAUUCCAAUUGUUUUCAUGCGGCCCGACAUUUAUUCAGAUUCAUUUUGCAUGAAAAAUAAAUUCUUAUUAUGAACUAUACAUUAUUCCAUGCCAAAACAAAUGCUUUCAUUAUGAACUUUUUCUUCACUUGACUGGCCCCCUCUCGACCAGACUAGAUGCUCAGUGGCCCCCAGGUCAUUUGAGUUUGAGACCCCUGAUAUAGUGUGGUACCCGGGCAAGGUACCCGUGCUCAGGGUGUCCAUUGACCAAGCGAGGGCUCGAACCAGCAAACCUUCGGUCACAAGCCAAGUUCUCAACCCAUAUCUGGAUUUCCUUUUGCAAUUUAUCUUUAUUAAAAACAUUCUUUUUCUCACUUCACAGUAUUACAGGACAGUAAAAAUAGGUUUGAGAUUGCAAAAGCUUUGAUGCAUUUACACUGUUUUCUCAGCCGACACCCAGUGACACAGUCUACACAAAAUAGAUGAUGGGAUCACAGACGAACGGGCCCUUCUUUGUCUGGCUGAUAAUCUAGCAGGGAUGCAAACGCUUCUUUAAAAGGUUUUCAUGUCACUACUGAUCAGUGAACUGUUGUUAGACAUGUCAGGUUGUGUUUGCUGGAGAGGAGAGGACACAGUGUGAACCACGACAAGGAUAAAUGACUGUGGUGUAGCUGCAGCAGCACGAUGUUAACCUCUUCUUCCUCCUCUAUUAUCACAGUAGUUUCCAGUCCAACAGUCCAGUGUAUGUGUGUGUGUGUGUGUGUGUGUGUGCAUCUCCCAGACACUCGUGAAUGUCUUUAUUGUGUGAAUGUUAAAGUCAACCUCAGUUUACAUUUUUAUUCCUUCUUCUCUCUGACUUCAUCUGUCCAUAUCCAUAUCCACUUGAAUGGUGUGUUUGGGCAUUUGCACAUGCCUUGCUCUGUUUUCUGAGUGCGUCUCAUUCUAUUUUUCAUGCUUUGCUUGCUGGUUUGUUAAUAAAGCUCUGUCUUCAGGCCAAA